ACAAGGAAAGGGUUUGUAUGAAAUGACAUACUGAAAGCGGAAACUGAGAAGCGCACACACAACACUGCUGGCGCGGCUAUUUGGUGCACGUUCACAGUAAAUUAGGACAUGGCUUGCAGCUCGAUGGCCAGUUUGAGAGGAGGGAGAGCGUGAAUUGUGUUGCCUAAAUGAGAUUAAAAAAGCGGGUGGCUUCUGUUUGUUCCAGAAAGGCGUCGUAUCGGCACUGACAGCAGUGUGAAUAUCAGCGCAGAACGACGAGGCCAACUCUCACGCUCAGCUACACCGCGAAAUGUUGACGUUUAUUCUGGAGAUUCUUAUCCUACCGAUAUGUCUUCAACAGUGCGGUUUUGUACACGGAUCAAAGACAGAAUGUGAGCCCAGUCAGUUCCAGUGUGGGAACGGUCGCUGCAUCCCGUCUGUCUGGCAGUGUGACGGGGAUGAGGACUGCUCCGACGGGAGUGACGAGAACACCUGCGUUCGGAAGACCUGUGCAGAGGUGGACUUUGUCUGUCGUAAUGGCCAAUGCGUCCCCAAGAGAUGGCACUGCGACGGAGAGCCAGACUGUGAGGAUGGGUCUGACGAGCGUGUGGAAGUGUGCCACACCAGGACCUGCCGUGUGAAUGAGUUUAGCUGUGGGGCCGGGUCUACCCAAUGCAUCCCCGUCUUCUGGAAGUGUGAUGGAGAGAAGGACUGCGAUAACGGAGAGGAUGAAAUGAACUGUGGUAACAUCACGUGCGCCUCGCUGGAGUUCACCUGUGCGAGCGGCCGCUGCAUUUCCCGUAACUUCGUCUGUAACGGGGAGGAUGACUGUGGUGACGGGAGUGAUGAGCAGGAAUGUGCUCCGUCCUCCUGUGGUCCCAGCGAGUUCCAGUGUGGCAAUGCCACCUGUAUCCCUGGCAACUGGGUCUGUGACGAUGACGUGGACUGCCAGGACCAAUCAGAUGAGUCCCCUCAGCGAUGUGGUCGCCAACCCACGCCGCCGGCCAAAUGUUCAUCCAGCGAGACACAGUGUAGGUCUGGGGAGUGCAUCCACCGCAAGUGGCGAUGUGACGGGGACCCAGACUGCAAGGAUGGCAGCGACGAAGCCAACUGUUCUGUUCGUUCCUGCAGACCGGACCAGUUCAAGUGUGAGGACGGCAACUGUAUCCACAGCAGCAGACAGUGCAACGGUUUGCAUGAUUGUGCAGAUGGCACCGAUGAAGUCAACUGCAAAAACUUGACACAGUGCAAUGGCCCUGACAAAUUCAAGUGUCGGAGUGGAGAGUGUAUAGAGAUGAGUAAAGUGUGCAACAAGGCCCGGGACUGUCCAGACUGGAGCGACGAGCCCAUCAAAGAGUGCAACCUGAAUGAGUGUCUGUUGAACAACGGCGGCUGCUCCCACAUCUGCAGGGACAUGGUGAUUGGCUUCGAGUGUGACUGCACCCCUGGACUGCAGCUCAUAGACCGCAAGACCUGUGGCGACAUCAAUGAAUGUAUGAACCCUGGGAUCUGUAGUCAGAUUUGUAUCAACCUGAAGGGAGGUUAUAAGUGUGAGUGCCACAACAGCUACCAGAUGGACCCCACCACAGGAGUGUGCAAGGCUGUGGGCAAGGAACCCUGUCUUAUCUUCACUAACCGCCGGGACAUCCGGAAGCUGGGUCUGGAGCGGCGGGAGUACACCCAGAUCGUGGAGCAGCUGCGGAACACGGUGGCACUGGAUGCAGACUUCACCCAGCAGAGGAUCUUCUGGGCAGACCUGAGCCAGAGGGCCAUCUUUAGCACGGUGUUGGAUAAGAGAGGAGAUGUAGGAAGUCAUGUGAAGGUGAUUGAUAAUGUGACACCUGUGGGGAUCGCUGUGGACUGGAUCUAUAACAACAUCUACUGGUCAGACCUCGGCACCAAGACCAUUGAAGUGGCCAACUUCAACGGCACCAAGCGGAAAGUUCUCUUCAGCAGUGGUUUGAAAGAGCCUGCGUCCAUCGCUGUGGAUCCACUCUCUGGAUUCCUCUAUUGGUCAGACUGGGGUGAACCAGCGAAGAUUGAGAAGUCUGGUAUGAACGGGGUUGACAGGCAGGUCCUGGUCCAGACUGAUAUUCAGUGGCCAAAUGGAAUCACUCUAGACCUGAUCAAGAGCAGACUGUACUGGGUGGACUCCAAGCUGCACAUGCUCUGUAGCGUGGACCUGAACGGCGACAACCGUAGGAAAGUGCUGCAGUCCCCAGACUACCUGGCUCACCCCUUUGCGCUCACUGUGUUCGAGGAUCGAGUGUUCUGGACAGAUGGGGAGAACGAGGCGAUCUACGGAGCAAACAAGUUCACAGGCUCUGAUGUGAUUACCCUGGCAAGCAAUCUGAAUGAGCCGCAGGACAUCAUUGUUUACCAUGAGCUUAUCCAGCUGUCCGGAACAAACUGGUGCAAUGAGAAGGGUCUGAACGGAGGCUGUGCCUACAUGUGCCUGCCAGCGCCACAGAUCAACAAAUACUCCCCCAAGUACACAUGUGCAUGUCCGCAAGACCAGACGCUCGCCUCAGACGCCCUUCACUGCAGACCAGAAGCCAACAGCAGUACAUCCAUCCAUGAGGUGAACGCCACAGCUAGAGGAUCUACAGCUGCCUGGGCUAUCCUCCCUGUGUUGUUGCUGGCCAUUGCUGCAGUAGGAGGCUACUUGAUGUGGCAUAACUGGCAGCUGAAGAAUAAAAAGAGCAUGAACUUCGACAAUCCAGUGUACCUGAAAACCACAGAAGAGGACCUCAACAUUGAUAUCAGCAGGCACACCUCCAAUAUAGGCCACACAUACCCAGCAGUAAGAAGCCUACUUGAUCGAUUGGGAGUCAUCACUUCUAUAUCAGUGGUGAAUACAGAAGAUGACUUGUCAUAACCAACCUUCCAAAUGACCCCCAUCGGUUUACUAACUCUUUGGUCUCCUUGCCAACAACCUCCGUUUCUUUAACAGAGUUAGAUCCAGAUGCCUUCUGAAGAGCAUUAAGUUAUCAGUUCUGGGGAUGUUUGUCAUUUGUGUGAAUAUGAAUUGUGUCCUACUCCGGCUGCGUUUAGACAGGCAGCACCAUUCAGAGUUUUAUUUUAUAAUUUUUUUCACAAAUUUGUCUUUUGACCAAUCAGAUCACCUCUGAAAAAGAUAUGUGAUUGAUCAAAAUAACAAUUGGUGGGGAAGAAAAUAUCAGAAUUGGCAUUCCUGUCUAAACGCAACCUUAGUGUGUCAAGGGAUUUUGGGAGCUUGGCCUCUAUAUCCCCACUCCUCCCUCAGAGCCAAAACAUUUCAAAGAUUCUACUACAUACAGUAGAACCAUGUUACUUCAGAACACGUGUGUGGGUGGUGAUGCAGGGAGUCCCUGGUUCUGACUUUCAGUCCCCUGGUGGACAUGUGUAUUUUUGUGAAUAUUUAUUUAAAAGCAUACUUUAGGCAGUACUGUCAUAAAAUAUGUAUGUUUUUUUAUUAUGAACAUUACCUCCAGAAGCACAUUCUUCUAAAUAAUUUUUAUGCGACUCUGUGCUUGGGAAGAUGAGCUCUAUUGGGAAUGUGAUGGUACUACAUCAUUUGUAAAAUAUUGUACAUAAAUCCUCUUCCCCCAAGAACAGAAUCAGGACUGAAGCACUUUGAUCAAAUGUUCCGUUGUAAAUAAGAUUGUAUACAUUUGACUGAAUACAUUUUUGUAGUACCAGGGUAGAGUAAGAUGUAUUUAAAACUAGAUUUAACUUUUGUAUGUUAGUGUGGGUUUGUAAAUUCACUCUGGCUAUCUACUCUGAUUUCAGAGCACUCUUGUCAGAGCGCAGCAUAACUGAUGAAUUUACGAACACUCAACACCCGUUGACUAUGACCGGUGUCAGUAAAUAUCGGCCAAAAAAAUCAUAUUCUUGCCAGCAGCACAGUUAGUCACCAACGCUCUGGAUAACAUGAGAACAGCCUAACCAGCUCUGCUAGGGCGAGUAAAAUGGUCAGUGAGGUGUUCUCCCAUUUGGCUGGAAGUAGCUAGCUAACGUUAGCCAGUUAGCUUGGGUGCUUGACUGCCGUUGUGAGGUCAGAACGUUCGGAACAACUCUGAGUUUACAAACGGACAAUCUGAAAACGUUCUGCAUUUACAAACGCCCAGAGUGCACUCCAGGGGGAAUUUACGAGUACACCCUUGGUGUUGCUGUGAUCUUUUCCAACCUUGUAGAGUAUGGGGACUAAAUACUGUAUCGUGAUCAAAUAAAACAAGACCCAUAAGUCAUUCAAAACUCA